AUGGUACUGUCAGAUGGUCAAAUCCCGACGUACGAGGCGCUUCCCUACACGUGGGGUCCCACAGAGAAUCCUGUUGACCUACGGAUUGACGGAGUGGACGGAGGCAGCAGGCUUGCUGUGACACAGAACCUUGCAGAAGCGUUGCAGUACCUACGGUAUGAUGAUGGCAGGUCACGCGCUCUGUGGAUUGACGCCAUCUGUGUUGACCGGCAGAAUAUCUCCGAGAGGGGCCACCAAGUCGCUAGGAUGGCUGACGUUUACUCCAAGGCUAGAGUGGUCAUUGUUUGGCUAGGUCCCGGACGUGAUGGAAGCGCGCUAGCAAGGGGGGCAUUGACCGAUCUGGGAUCUGAAAUUGAAGUCAAUUGGACGACAAAGGGCAUUACCCCGUUGUCACGAGAAGAUUAUGAUCAGUGGACCAAGGAACCACUUCUCUUUGCGCGCAACCAGGACAUCAUAAAUUCAAUAGCACAUCUACUAGACCGUGCCUGGUUCACACGUCUCUGGAUUUGGCAGGAGAUUCGUCUGGCCAGAAAUGGAGCUGGGAUCCGUUGUGGUUACAAUAGUAUAUCAUGGGCCAGCUUUCGUAAUGCUAUUCUCUGCUUGCACGUCAAACCUACACGCAAAGCAAGCAAACUCCUCUCUGGCAUAGAACGGGUGUUCCCCAUCAUCAUCAACUAUGCUGGAACACUGCGCAAUUGGCAUGAUCUUCUGGAACAAACCAGCGGAUUUCAAUAUUCCGAUGACAGGGACAGAGUGUUUUCAAAUCUGAGCUUACUACGUAUCUCUGCUCGGUCUGGUCUUGAGCCCGAUUACUCGAAAAGCACAAGUGAGGUCUACAAAGGGCUCAUAUGUCAUGAUAGCGACCGGUUGUCGCGGAGGAGAUCUACACCUGGUGGCACUAUCGAGGCGAUCCCAUUCUACCAUGACCUGGACGUAUCCCUACAAGCCGGCACAGCAUCGUUAUUCCAGCAGCUUAUGGAACCGAAGCUGAAACGAAACAAAAGGAAUAUAUAG